AUGGACGCCCCUUCCAUUAACAUAGAUAAAGACGAUUAUUUUUCCAAUCAUACUAGUGCGCAUUUUACUCAACAACCACCUUUUGUUGCUUCACCUUCUGCUGUUUCACCUUCUGGUAACCCUAACAAAAGAGCUAAACCCUCAACUCUUAGACCUCGAGUUCAUAGUGCCUCACUUGAUCCACCUUUGUGUGCCUCGCCUAAAGCUUCUAUUACUACUGAUGAUUUAGAGAAGCUUGAGUUGCUCGAGUUAGGCCCAGUAGACCCUCUACGAUUUGUUGUGUAUCACAUUUUUGGAGGGACCAUGAAUAUAAGAGAGAUAUGGGUAAUUUGCCCAAUGAUCCAAAGAUACUAA